UGUCAGAAGCGUUGGCCACAGUUAACUACACUCACCAGUCAGACAAAGUCAUGGGUUGGUUUGAACUGUACUUCUUGCUCCUGAUGGGUUUGCUGCCUCUCAACAGUGCAGCAGACACCAACACAACUUCAGCAGCCACAGUCUCUGCCGCUGAAACAUUCAACACAACGAGCAGCAAUACAACAUCUGAAUUCAUGGACUUGAGCACCACUCCGGCACCCACGGUUUCUGCUACAGAAUCCAGCAACACAGACAGCACUACUACACCUACACAAGUAGAUGGGACCCCUGCCUCAGCAUCAACAGUCUCCACAACUACAACAACCAACUCGAUAAGCAACAAUGCAACUUCUGUAACUGCACCAACCAGCCUGCCAAACACCAGUGCUACACCUACACUAGUUAAUGGCAGCACAGCUUUAUCAUCCACAGUCUCUACUACAAGACCACCCAGUAUAACAAACAGUAGUACUACACCUACACAAGUAGAUGGGAGCCCUGGCUCCACCACUACAACAAGCAACACAACAAGCAACAGUACAACUUCUGCAACCCAAGUCCUUUCAACUACAACACCCAACACAGCAAAUGGUAAUAUUACAUCUACACCGACAAAUAUUAGCACAGCUUUAGCAUCCACAGACUCUGCUACAACAGGAGCCAGCACGGGCAACAGCAGUUCUACAUCUACGCCAGCAAGCCCCAACACAUCUUCACCGUCCACAGUCGGAGCUUGUGCAGGUCCACCAGUGCUGUGCUGCCUUGGACAGAACAACAGCUGUUUCAGAGGCUGUUUCUGUGACGAGGCCUGUUUGAGUUUUAGGGACUGCUGUCCUGACUACAGCGCCACAUGCUCACAAAAUAUCAGCACAACUUCUACACCUCCAACGACAGCACCCAGUUCACCCACACCAAUGAAUAUGAGCACAGAUGACGCCACACCUAUCGUCUCCAGAGCUACAGUGACUGUUCGCCUAAAGGCUUACGUUUUAUCCCAGAAUCAGGGAAAUAAAGAUGUGAUUUCAGUGGCUUUAUCUGGUAAUCUAUGCAGGGCUCUUCUUCAGGAGGACUCUAAUGGCUGCACUGCAGCAAUCAAAGGCAUCAAACCCAUUAACUAAGCCUGUGUUCCAGCUAAAGGAAGCAUGAAUGUGGCUGCAGCUGUGCUGUGACAAGACAGACUGCACAACUCUCAGAAACAACAGAACCAUAUGUUAAAUCUAAAUAAUCUGUUAAAGAUCCUACUUUAAGCCUUGAAGGGGGGGCUGUGGUGCUGGAAGUGGUGCUUCUUGCCCAUUUAAACCACAGAGUUCAGUUGAAUUAACUCUGAAAACUAAGCACUAAUUUUAGCAGGGGCACGGUUCAGAAGCCAAGUCAACAGGUCACAUUAUUAAAGUAUAGGGUCAAACAAUGUGUCACAUUUAGGAGAAUGUUAACAAAUUCAAUUGACUCACUGGUCGUUUGCAAAUGGUGAAAAUGUCUUCAAAUGUCUUGUUUUGUGUGCGAGCAACAGACCAAAACGUGAAGAUAUUCAGCCCAUUCUCAUAAAAGACAGGGGAAAUCUGAAAAUAUUCAAACUUGAGAAACUGGAAACACAGAAUUUGGGCAAUUUUCUCUAACAUUAUUGCUCAGAAAAGUUCAUUUGUUAUCAGAAUUGCUGCACAUUAGUAAUUGGUCAUGGACUUAUUUCAGUUCAGCAACAAACAGUCAACACAAAAUAUCAAAAUUAGUCAAAUUUAGGAUGGCAUUUGGAGAACACGAUUAUGUUCACAUCAAAAAGAAACCCUUCAUAUAUCUGAGAUACACAGUCUACAUGUAUUUAUGUACCAUUUUAGAAUACAAACCUAUACUGUAUUAUAAAGCUUGUACUGUGACACAGGUACUUAUCACAACUGAAAUUAAGAAAGACAUGUAUGUACACAUUAAAAAGUCUCAAUCAAUGCAUGUAUCAAAUACAUGACUUACUCAAUCUUAAUAUGUGAUUGGGGAUAUAAAAAUACCCCACAAAGCUUAAAGUAUUAUACUUAUUAAAGAUGACAUUACAGCACAAUUUGAAAAUAAAAUAAAGGACGAAUUAAUUCAUACAAGCAACCACAACAGACCUUUUACAAAUAAAACAUUAACAAGUGAAAGACCAACAACAACAAGAAAGCAAAAUUGGAGAAGUUCCAUAUAAUUGAAUUAAACCCUGGUAAACUAUGUCCCUGCUGACUGUGUGUGUGCCGACUGCAGCAACAACUCAACCGCUUCAUAGUACACAACCGCUUCAGAGUCCAAGCAUCUAAUCACCAGGAGAGAAAUCAGCAAGAAAAGAGACAGAAACAGGGUUUAACGUUAUUUGACUCACGCUGUUCGACGUAGAAGCUCAUUCUCUUCUCUUUCGUGUUUCUUUCACGGAGGCGAAGAGGUCAUUGUAUUGAUGUCGCAUAGCGUUAGUGUCCCGCUGCACAGGCUGCUGUAGUGGUCGAUCAGUUUGUUGGUUUGUUUGUUUGUUGCCGGAAGUCCUCAUAUCCUCCCUCCAUUAUUGGUACCGUCGGAUGGCAUUAUCGGGAACACAGGAAAACAAACAAACAAACUAACUAACUAAACAAAGUUAACUUUCUGUUCUUUAUUGUGGGGUCACGGCGCGAUUGUUAUCUUGCCUCACGGAUCACUUUAAUUUCUUUUCAAUAAAUAUGUCAAAUUUUUUCCCCUCCAGGGUGCAAUAUAAUGUUUGACCAAUCAAAUUCAAUGAGAUGUAUCAGCCGGGGGGGGGGGCGCUGAGAAGUCCUAGAUGGGAAGUUUGAACAUCUAUAGCUCUGAGACAACUGAGUUAAGUCUGAUGAACACUGUGAUUCACUGUGUGAAUGUACCUAUUAGUUGUAGUUGUUGUUGUUGUUGUUGUGCUGAUUAUUUGCUAUUAUAUUGAUUUUACUUACUUGGUGAUAUUAUCUGUUCUUAUUUACUAAUACAGUAGCAAUUUUGACCAAUCAACAAAUCAACCUAAUCCUAUAUGGUGAUUUGACAUCUUUGCAGUUUGUAUUGUUUUACAUGGAGAUUGAUGAUUCCAGUGCCUAUGUCUUGCAAAUAUCCAGUACAGUAUGUUUAAUGCACAGUCUCACUGUAUGAAAACAACUGGGUCACAGUCUGUUGGAAAGAAA